AUGCAACUUACCGAUUCGUUCCAGGGCGUCCUGUCGCUGCUCCUAUCGGCGGUGCUGCCGGAGCCGACCACAGCGCCGGCGCCGGCGCCGGUGCCGGCCGACGAGCCGGCGCCGCGAGCGGAGGACCCGGCACCGGAGGAGGAGGACGCGCCCGAAGGCUACUACGCGUUUGUGGAGUCGCCCAACGCCACGCCGCCUAGAGUGCGUCCGCCGCCGUACCGCAAGGUUGAUGUGGAAUGUCCGGAGGCAGGUGAUGCUAAGCCGCACGUCACCGCGCACAAUCUAUGCGGGGACCUCAACCGAGGGGACAUCCCGCGCAACCCCAUGGGGCAGAGUCCUGACGGGGAGCCCUACCCCUUCGAGUUGAUCCGCAACCACACGCUUCGCUUCCUAUCGCGCGCGCUGCCCGCGCUGCGAAACGACGACUCGUUGCCGCGCGUCGCGCACCUGCCGCACGCGUCCGACGUGCCCGCGCCGCAGCAGCAGUUUGAUGUGCAGAAUAACAGGCUAGAGGAGCGCAGCAAGCGGUCGCUAUUCGAAGCGGACGCGGAGCAGCGCGACUCCGCAGCGGUCCCGUCCGCGGAGCUGCGCGCCGAGCACCGCGGCGCCGACGCGCGCGAGAGCCGCAAGUUCUGCGACGGCGGCGGCGUAUUCUGCAUGCUCUACCGAGCGAUCAACGGUGAUAGCGAGUCGAGUGCCCCGCUCGAACGCCGCGAAGACCCCGGCACACCGCACAGAGGAGCCCCUGCUCCUCACCAUCGAUAUGAGGGCCCACCGACCCCGUGCCCGGCUCGCGUGGAGUACGCCACACCGGUGUUCGCGCGCAACUAUCAGGGCGUGUGGCGCUACGUCGUGCAGAUCCCAUACGAGGGCUACUUCACCCAAACCGUCGAGGUCACCAGAUGCAUGCAAUCUCGCUGCCACUACCUGGAGGGCGGCUGCCUGAGCUCGCCGCGCUGGGUGUCGCUGCUGGUGGCCGAGAUGCACUACCCGCUCGCGCAGCAUGUGCAGGACUUCCAGGAGUACCAGCAAUACCUGCAGAAGCGCGCCGGCCCCGCCGAAGGCGAGCCCAGCACCGACAAGCCGCCGCACUGCGAUGGACAUGACAAGUUCGGCUGCUAUCAGGUGCGCCUGUACUACGACUGGUUCCUGGUGCCGGGCUCGUGCAAGUGCUGGCGCCCGGACUACUUCGCGCGGUACGUGCGCCGUCGCCACAACAACGAGCUGUAGGCUCCACCGACCUACAAUACAUACCAUCGAGCCCUCUUUCCAACUGGCCACUCUGGGUCCUACGGUACCCGGCUAUUCUAAAAAUAUUAUAAACAGUAACCUGAGGCCUACUGUCCACAUAAAAAUAA